AUGGGUAUCGAUCUUAAGGCUGGUGGCCGUAACAAGAAGACCAAUCGCACGGCGCCGAAGUCUGACAAUGUGUACUUGAAGCUCUUGGUGAAGCUUUACCGAUUUUUGGCUCGCCGUACGGAUUCCAAGUUCAACGACACCGUGCUCAAGCGCUUGUUCAUGUCGAAGACGAACCGCCCGCCGUUGUCCUUGUCCAAGGUGGCCAAGUUCAUGAAGGGUAAGGAGGGCAAGGUUGCGGCGAUCGUGGGGACGGUGACCGAUGACGUGCGUCUCCACGACGUGCCGGCGUUGAAGGUGUGCGCGCUUCGUUUCACCGAAACCGCGCGCGCGCGUAUCAUCAAGGCGGGCGGACAGUGCAUGACGUUCGACCAGCUCGCGCUCUCCGCGCCGACGGGUGAAGGCGUCGUGCUCUUGCGAGGUCCGAAGAACUCGCGCGAGGCAGUCAAGCACUUCGGCGCGCCGGGUGUUCCGGGCUCCCACGCCAAGCCGUACGUCCGCGCCAAGGGCCGCAAGUUCGAGAAGGCUCGCGGUCGACGCGCCAGCCGCGGUUACAAGGCAUAA